AUGAACUUUCAAGUGAUUCUUAAUCAAACAAUAAACGGCAGGUUUGGUUUGCAGACUCGAAUUGACUUGUCGAACAGAGUGCGCGCCUCAGAUUUUCCAGGCAAGCAAGGAGAGAGGAAAUUAAAGGGGAUCGUCAUUCGGGCUGAAUCAAGAGCUGCUAGACAAUGA